AUGGAAAUAACCGCUCAGCAUCACUUGUCUAUUUCCCAUACAAAGCUUCCAAGGCCUUCUUCUUCUUCAAGUUUCAGAGCUUCUGCUGCCUCUCUUCUUGCUUCUACUACUUCACUACCUUUUCAGUGCUCCAACAACAUUCUCCAAGGCCAAGGUGUACUUAGGAUCAAAGGGAAGCAGCUAAGAAGUACAUUUGGCCCCAUCUACGCCUCCUCCUCUGAGGCUCAAAGUCCUCCUCCACCUCAAAAAUGGCUUCUGGAACCUGUCGGUGAUGGAGAUACAAGGCAUAUAGGUUUCAAGGUUCCAAUGCCAAGUGCGUUUGAAAUUUCUUCUGAUGAGGUCACCGUUGGCCGUCUUCCAGGGGAAGCUGAUAUGGUGAUUUCGGUUGCAACAGUAUCUGGUGUUCAUGCUCGCAUUCAAAAGAAAGAAGGGAAACUCUUGGUAACAGAUUUGGACAGCACAAAUGGGACCUUCAUUGAUGACAAACGGUUGAGUGCAGGAGUUGUUGCCACUGUGCCACCUGGAUCUUGUCUUACAUUCGGUGAUGAACACUUAGCUGUGUUUCGUGUCUCAAAAUUGGAGAAUGUGGAAGCUGCAAGCAACCCAGAUCCUUCUGAAGAUAAAGUAGAGGCUGAUAUCCCAAAUGAAAAUGUGAAGACCAGUUGA